AUGGCGACCACCGCGCUGAGCAUGAAGCUGCUGGUGGACACCAAGGCGCGGCGCGUGCUGUUCGCCGAGGCGAGCAAGGACGUGGUGGACUUCCUUUUCUCCAUCCUCUCCCUGCCCGUCGGCACCGCCGUCAAGCUGCUCGGCAAGGGCUCCAUGGUCGGCAGCGUCGGCAGCCUCUACGCCAGUGUUGAGAAGCUCGACGGCACCUACGUCCAGCCCGGCGCCGCCAAGGACGCGCUCCUCCACCCCGCCGUCCCAUCCCCGGCCGUCAGCAACAAAAGCUCCCUCCUCUUAGGCUCGCCGCCGCCGCCGGCGUCGUCCAUCCGGGCCCAGCCCCAGCCGACGACGUUCUUCGGAUGCAAUAGCCAGUGCAGGUCGCGCAACUACGACUACGACAGCGUCUACGUCUACGACGAGGGCGAGUGUGGCCGCCAGCAACUUUCUUGCAGCGGUUGCCGUAGCUACAUGACGGACAAGAGAGGCACCGCCUGCGGCGUCGCCGGAAAGGGGUUCGUGCAGGGCAUCGUGACGUACACGGUGAUGGACGACCUCACCGUGACGCCCAUGUCGUCCAUCUCCAGCAUCGCCCUGCUCAACACAUUCGGCGUCAAGGACCUGGGCGCGCUCCAGGAGAAGACCGUGCAGCUCGGCUACAACGAGGGUUUGGAUAUCCUCAAGGCGUCGCUGCAAUCCAAGACGGUCCUCACCGACGUUUUCCUCAAGCUCAGCAACGUUUGA